GUAAACCACUCUGCUAUGCUGCCAAGCAGAUCGGAUGACUUCACUCAACACCUCGGCAGAACGCCAAAAGUGUGGGAAAAAUUCCAAAAUGCUCAUCUAAUUUUACGUUUUUGGUAUUUUUUUUCAUCCCUUUAGAUUCCCUAUUACAGAUACUUACCAUUUUUUCUGGUCUCUCAGGUUAUAUCGCAAGUUUUGAAGUCAGUCACCAUUCGUUGACAAGGUUGCGUUCUUGGGUUUACGCUUAUCCAGUAUUUGAAUAUUCAUAUUGGGAAAGUUUUCUUACUUUUCUGGCUUCGUGGUUUCUUGAAUCUGGAUUGUGAAGUUUAAUCUUGCCUGCGUCUUUGAUCUUUAAAGCUCCGAAGAGUACAAGCUAUACCGUCAAGGCUUCUACGGAUAAAUUGCGAAGCUAUCAUAAUUAUUUUCAUUAACUAAUAUCACUAUCAGUGGUGAAUUUCUGGAUCUGAUGUCCGGCCGUUCAUCGCCUCGGACGGGCUCGGUGUCGGAUUUGUCCCGAUCACGUGCAUCUUCGACGCAUGCAUCCACGAGUUCGAUUAACUCUCCAACAAUGAAAAUAUACGGACUGCAGCAACCUGGAAGAGGGAACGUGCCUUACGAACGACGGACACGUAUCCUUCGGAUUAAAAUUCUCGUCGCUCAAGGGCUGAUGAAAAAAGAUAUUUUUGGCACAAGUGAUCCUUAUGUGCAGAUUAAUUUGAUGGAAAAUGCAAAUAACGUCAGUCCGUACUGUAUUGGGAAGGCGGUGACAAAAACCAAGAAGAACACUUUAAACCCGGAAUGGAAUGAAGAGUUCCUAUUUCGUGUUGAUCCAUUCAAACACAAAUUAGUCCUGGAAGUGUUCGAUGAGAAUCGUCUGACGCGCGAUGAUUUUCUCGGAUUUGUGGAGAUUCCAAUUAGUAAUGUGCGCACCGAAGGCACUAAUCAACUGAUUGAACCCAAACAUUUGACACUCCGACCACGCUCUCAACGUUCUCACGUCAAAGGCGGCAUCAGUGUUCAGGUUUCUUACGUAAAAAUGGAAGGCUGGAAUGGCCCUCUGGAGGAACCAUCCAGCGAGGACGAAUACGAUGUAAUUAAUAACACCGAGGCAGCGGAUGUGGCCUCCAUUACGUCGGGUAUGUCGGCAGCCACUUUAGCGUCGGCGACGACCACGAACGGCGAACGGACACCUCCGUUGCCGGAAGGAUGGGAAGAGCGAACCGACUACAACGGGAGGGUUUAUUAUGUCAAUCAUAAUCUGCGCACUACGCAGUGGGAGCGCCCAGUAGCUGGUGGUGAGGUGGCGGAGCAGAAUACCGCCGCUACAGAAUUGCGGACGGCCAGAGAAAACUAUCUGCGCAGACUGACCAGUGUCGAUGGGGAAUCGACUGCACAUCCCACACCGCCUCAUCCCAGUGCUUCGGAUACCCAACUGGACCGAAGAGCAUCUGUUUCGGCUGGAAACGCUUUACCCGGAAAUAUUGACCCACUACCGCCUGGAUGGGAAGAGCGGGUCUCUGCCAAUGGACGGAAGUUUUUUAUCGACCACAAUAGCCGUGUAACAUCGUGGAUUGACCCUCGAACAAACCGGGCUAGUGCCCUCCCGGAAUCAUUGUCUGUUAGCACUACGAAUAACAAGAACAGCAUUAGUGGGCAGAACACACCGACGAAUAAUCGGCGAUCCGCUAUGGAUGUCCUCGGACCACUUCCGCAAGGUUGGGAGGAGCGGGUGCACACCGAUGGGAGGACGUUUUACAUUGACCACAGUAGUAAGCGUACACAAUGGGAAGAUCCCCGUCUACAUAAUCCGGAAAUUGCCGGACAGGCGGUUCCUUACUCGCGGGAUUACAAACGCAAGUACGAAUAUUUCCGCAGUCAGUUGCGGAUGCCGAGUGGAUUGCCGAAUAAGUAUGAUGUCCGGGUGCGCCGAUCUCAUAUUCUCGAGGAUUCCUACCGGGCGCUGAUGACCUGCAAGAAUCCCGAUUUUUUGAAAACCAAACUGUGGAUUGAAUUUGACGGAGAGGUGGGACUGGAUUAUGGCGGUGUACGGCGCGAGUGGUUCUUUUUGUUGUCACGGGAAAUGUUUAAUCCUUAUUAUGGAUUGUUCGAAUAUUCCGCUGCGGAUAACUAUACACUCCAGAUCAACCCUAAAUCAGGCUUGUGCAAUGAUGACCAUUUGGCGUAUUUUAAAUUUGUUGGUCGGGUGGCCGGAAUGGCAGUCUUCCAUGGGAAUUUGCUGGAUGCCUUCUUUAUUCGGCCUUUUUAUAAAAUGAUGCUGGAUAAACCCAUCAUACUAAAAGAUAUGGAGUCUGUUGAUACAGAAUAUUAUAAUUCCUUACAAUGGAUUGUGGAUAAUGAUCCGGCGGAUUUGGAGCUACGGUUUACGGUGGAUGAGGAAAUCUACGGUGUGAUGCAGCAGAGCGAAAUCAAGACGGGUGGCGCCAAUAUUCCAGUGACCCAGGACAAUAAGCAUGAAUAUAUGGACCUGGUUAUUCGGUGGCGCUUCGUCGACCGUGUGCAACAUCAAAUGGGGGCAUUUAUGCAGGGUUUUAAUGAACUCAUACCUAAACGUCUCCUACAGAUCUUCGAUCCAAAUGAAGUGGAGUUGUUACUUUCCGGUAUUGCCAGUAUAGACGUGAAGGACUGGAAAUACAACACCAUUUACAAAGGCGAAUAUCAUGCCGAACACUUGGUCAUCCAGUGGUUCUGGAAGGCCGUUCUAUCAUUCGAUAACGAGAUGCGUGCCAGAUUACUGCAGUUCGUGACCGGCACGAGUCGUGUGCCCAUGAACGGCUUUGCGGAAUUGCAAGGCAGUAAUGGUCCGCAGCGGUUCUGCAUUGAAAAAUGGGGAACAGAGAAAGAAUUCCCGCGUGCUCAUACUUGUUUUAAUCGACUGGACUUGCCUCCAUAUCCGACGUAUGAGGCCCUCAGAGAACGCUUAAUCCAAGCCAUGGAAAACACGGAGGGAUUCGGCGGCGUCGAUUGAGCACUAUGAGCAGUGUGCAGCCGGGUUAUGUGCUUGUCGGCUUCCUGGUGCAUGAUUCAAUGCAGCUUUUUGUUUCCUUUUUUGAGGGGAUUGGGGGUUUCCGUGAGAAUUUUAUUUUGUGAUUAAGUAUAUAAAUUUUGUUUUCUUUUCGCAUACAGAGCCGGCUUGCUGUAUGUCACGGGAUGCAGUUGGUUGUUCGUUAAAGUGAUUUUUGUGUAUUUGGUUUGAAUUUUUCGAAUAUGUUUUAUCUGUUUUCAGAUACAGAGCUUAAGACACUGUUAUCAAAGCAAUGUUAUUUUAUGCAACCAGUUCGUCAACGGCUGACGAAAUGCGACAAUUGCACUGCUGGGUUGAAGGUUACAAAAUGAAGAUACAAUAAAAUAUGUCUGGA